UACUGAAGCUUUUUUACAGAGCCUUGGCACUGCAACACUGCCCUCUUCUGGCAGAAGCAGGUGCUUGAGAAUGAAAGAACAAAGGAAUACGAUGCAGAAAAACACACAAAGGAAAGUAUGGGAUCUGUACAUAAACACCUGAUAGGUAGUAAAUCUAAACCUAACAUCCAUAAAAGCUUUCUACUUUCUCCUUGGCCUUUUGUCUGGGGAGACUAUUUGACCUUGAAAUGUUAGAGGAGGCAAUUUCUCAUAAUUUAACCAUGGAAGUCAUAUACAGCCAUAUAUGUGGAUACAUUCAAUGUAUGGAUUGGUGAAUGCAGCACCUUUAAAUGACUUUCAGUGAACAAUGUCAAACAUUUUUCUUGUGAUCGGUCCUGUACACACUCGCCCUUAAAAGAAAUGGUAUAAAAGCUGGGACAGUAGGUCUUAAUAUACUAUACAGGUACAUAUAUGUAUACAUUUGAUGAGGCACUUAUAUGCGGUACAAAGGUGUACUUUUUGAUGAGGUACAGUCCCACUCCAGUCACAUGUUUGUACUUUUGGAGAAAAUUUCUUUUUUAGGAAGUAGCAGCUGCUAAAACUGUAGUCCAAUUUCAGUCAUGUGACAUAAAAAACACACUUUGAGCAGCACCCUAACCAGCUUUUCUAAAUCCUAACCACACCCAUCUCACCUGUGCACAUCUCUUCCUCUGUCUUUUCCUCUUAAUCCCACUUUCAUUCCCCUCCUCUUUCACUGUCUAUCACUCGCUUAACUGCUUACUCAACUCAACUACAUUGACUUCUAUUAGUGUACUGAAGCUGGAAAACAGAUAAAAAUGAGCGGCUUCACGUGUGUCAAAUUUAUGAUGGUUGUGUUCAACUUGAUUGUUUUUCUCAUGGGUGCGUGCCUGACAGCUACAGGGACAUGGGCGAUUGUUGGUGGAACUGAAUUUCUCAGAGUUAUAGUACCAUUCAUGACGGAUUACCUAAAGCAUGCCAAUGUGAGCGUCUUAUUCAUCAUUAUGGGAUCGAUUAUGGUUUUGAUGGGAUUGCUGGGUUGCUGUGGAGCCCAGAAAGAAAGCAAAUGUCUUCUUAUAACGUUCUUUUCCAUCUUCGUGAUCGUUUGGGUUACUCAGGUGUCGGCAGGAGCAGCUGUCUUUAAUUUAUCCCGAUCUACUGAGAUCACCAUACGAGACUGGGCCAAACCUCAACUGAAGCAUCAAUAUGGGAAACCUAACGCUUUCACAAACUUGUGGAACUCAACCAUGACAACAUUGAGGUGCUGUGGCUUCAGCAACUACACAGACUUCUCCGAAUCAUACUAUUACCAACAAAAUCAGCCUCUUUACCCUCCAACCUGCUGUGCGCUACCGCCAAGCUACCCCUGUGUUGAGAAAAACGCAGCUUUUAGUCACAUGAUGGGAUGUUAUAAAAAAAUUGUUACCCUCGUCACCAGAAAUCUCCAUAUCUUUGCUGCCAUAGCACUUGGAGUGGCUUUUCUUGAGCUGCUAAUGAUGGGGUUCUCCGUUUAUCUCUAUUGCUGCCUGUAUGAUAAAGACAUCUCAAAGUGAUGAAGAUUAUAAAAAAUGUCCAUUGUCUUUUGGUAGAUAAUAAGCUACUUCAUUAUUUAUUGUAAGAUUACAUUUGCAACACUUUGUAACCAGGUAAAGUAAAAUAAAUUGUAGUAUAUUGAUAUACUUUGAUAUAACAUUUCAAAAUUUGUGACAAUUUGUAAAAUAGUGUAUUGUUUCUUUUCAUUCUGUAAAUAAAAAAUGUUUAUGAAAUAGAAAAGUAGCUAUAUCAUAGUAUGAAAUAAAACAGAUAAAAUGUUAAAGCAAAAUGUGUAUUGCACUGACAGAUGUGCAAUAAGACACAGACUUGUCAUUUCUUAGUCAUAAUUAAUUUUUUAUUGUAGAAUGAGAAAAGAAAUUGUGAGAUUUCAUAUAAAUGUAGUAACGUGCUUUUCACACCAAACCCAAAACCUGUUUUUAUAGCUGCUCUUUUGUUGU